CUCAGAAGAGAAGAACCAGGCAGGAUGGAGAGCAGUCAGUGCGUUGCCCUUGAGAACAAGACGGUGGCGGGCGGGAAGGGCAUUCAGAUUGCCUGCAGCACGUGCACGUUCCUGAAUGCGUCUGACGUCUCGUCCUGUGGAAUGUGCGGGGCGGAGAUGAAGCCGCCAACACACGAUGUGCAAGCGGACGGCAGUUGGAAUUGUGGUGUAUGCGACACAGUGAACCGACGGGCGUCCAAGGAAUGCUCGCAGUGUCAUGUUCCCUUCUACUCGUUGGUGACGACUGCAGCCCCGGCGCAGAUUUUCUGCUCUCGAUGUGGAUUCUUAAAUGACGGAGGCAACCUUACGUGCGUGCAGUGCGACUACACGAUCCGGUCUACACUAGACAAGAUCGGCACAGACUUGAGAGAUAGUACCAACUUUUUGGCGCGAGAUAUGGGCGUCAACAUCCACGUCAAGUGUCCUGGAUGCUUCGUGGUGUGUUACGUGCCACCUGCUACUGCUUGUCUGCGCUGUGGAUCCUGCCAUACAUAUUUUGCGUCGCCUUCGGUCGGUGAAGUGACGAAUUUCCACAUGAACCGCCUAGCGUCGUCCAUCUCGAGCUCGUUUAUGGGGUUCUUCGGAAGCAAGCGCGGUGGACAAGAUGAUAACGAGGCUACACGUCGUCAAGAAGAGGCUCGCGAGGCGCCAGUUGGCAGAUUGAUCGCCGCAGGCAAAGGUGUUGUGAAUUCUCCUCGUCAUUCCUCGACCAUCAGUGAUGCCAGUGGGCUAUCGUCAAGUCUACAGCAGCUCGAUGACAGCGAAGUUUCUGAAGACGAAGCGGAAGAGAAACCCGAUGCUUCCCGGACGCAGGAGCAUGCAGAUUCAAAGGCUAAAGAACUGAAAUUGCUAGCAGUGGAGACGGUGAAAGAGGAGAAAUUGGCACAGGAAUCGGGUAGCAAAGAGCGGCCAAAGUCGCCUGUGCAGACACAAAAGGAGGAGCCAUUCUCGUCGUUGGAGCUGUCGUCCAGCUCGAACAGUUCUGGUAAAGAGCAAGAGCAGCCGAUGCUUGCACGGUCAAUGCCAGUGCGUGCAGCUCUCCCGCCACCUCGACAAGAACUGGUCGAGGUGGAGGGAGAUAUUGUGGAGCUUUAACGUGGCGACGUCUGCAGAGCUUGCAUCAACCAGAAACACGAAAUAUUUGAUUUGAUUAGGAUCCUACUAGAAGUAGUACGAAGUGCUGUAGCUCACCUCGAUGGCUGUUUGUCUCGUGUAGCAGUAUCUCCAGUGUCGUCACUCCAACCUAAUAUCAAGAAAGUAGUACUAUAGUAUUGCACUCGCAAGGCAAGCAGCGGCGUAGCCUACAAGGUCAAGCUUUAGCUUUGUUGGGUUUGCUACACUUCGCGCUACGCAGCGCUUGCCGGCCUGACGGCAAUACUGAUACUAAUAAUAUUGUU